AGUCGUGACUUUUAUACACCCAACCCCAAAAAAAAUCUAGAGCGAGAGAGAGAGAGAGAGAGAGAGAGAGAGAGAGAGAGAGCGCAAAUAGUCAAAGCGUUUCUGCUACAAUACCACCCGUGUUCGUUCAGUUGCCGCUUUGUGGCGUCGUCCCUCUCUCUCAUCGAAAUUCAAUUCAAUUCAAUUCCGUCAAUCCACACGAGAUUCGUCAUGCUCAUCACAUAACGCGGUAUAAUUUUCUUGAGGGUUUGAAGUAGCACUUGGUUGGAAGCACAAUGGGAGGGGUGUGCUCAGGCGGGGCAGUGAAGCCGAAAGAUGAGUACCGAGAGGUGAAGAGUUCGGGGUUUUCAGGGAAGCUCAAGUCGAUGGGGAGCUUUGGUGGAAAGCAUAAGAAGGAUGAUGAUUCUUAUCCUUCUUACCCCGAUGAUUCUUAUCUUUAUGAUUCAGGCGAGCUUCAGUUCUCCAUUUCCCGUGAACUCAAGCCGUCAACACCUGCUAGGACCGGGACAACCAAGGUGCCUCAGGUGAGCUCAUUCUUGGGAAGAGCUGGAAUUGUGGGCCUGGACAGGGCAGUGGAAGUUCUAGACACUCUAGGAAGUAGCGUGUCAAAUUUGAAUUCCAACAGUGGGUUUAUCUCAGGCAUGGCUUCCAGAGGGAAUAGAAUAUCUAUAUUGGCCUUUGAAAUUGCUAAUACAAUCUCCAAAGGUGCAAAUUUGGUGCAAUCUUUAUCUGAAGAGAAUGUCCAGUUCCUGAAAAAUGAUGUUUUAAAGUCAGAAGGAGUGCAGCAGUUAGUUUCUUCAGACAUGAAAGAGUUGCUAAGUAUUGCCGCUGCAGACAAAAGGGAGGAAUUUGAUGUUUUUUCCCGGGAAGUAGUUAGAUUUGGAGAUCUAUGCAAAGAUCCACAAUGGCACAACAUGGGCCGUUUUUUCUCAAGAUUAGAAUUAGAUCAAGCAACCCAAAAGCAACAAAGAGAAGAGGCAGAAAUGACAAUGCAAGAAUUGACUAGCUUGUCUCAACAUACUUCUGAAUUAUAUCAUGAGCUGAAUUCCAUGGACAGAUUUGAGCAAGAUUAUCGGAGGAAGAUUGAAGAACUGGAGUCCUUACAUCUCCCUCGUAAAGGAGAGAGUGUCACGAUGUUACAAAGUGAGCUAAAACAUCAAAGAAAACUUGUAAGGAGCUUGAAAAAGAAAUCUCUGUGGGCUAAGAGCUUGGAGGAGGUUGUGGAGAAGCUUGUUGAUAUCGUCACCUUCAUACAUCAGGAGAUCUUGGAAGCAUUUGGAGAUAAUGGUUUGCCACCGGUGGGCAAAGAGCCUGUUAACAAACCUGAAAGACUUGGCGCAGCUGGUCUUGCUCUGCACUAUGCUAACGUGAUCAAUCAGAUAGACAACAUUGUAUCUCGGCCUACCUCCCUUCCUCCUAAUAUGAGAGACCAAUUAUAUCAUGGGCUGCCAAACAGUGUCAAGAUUGCUUUACGUACUCGGUGUCAACCUGUUGAUGUCAAUGAAGAGCUCACAAUUCCUAAAAUCAAAGCUGAAAUGGAGAAAACACUCCAAUGGCUUGUUCCAGUGGCUACAAGUACUUCAAAAGUGCAUCAAGGUUUUGGGUGGGUUGGAGAGUGGGCAAACACCGGUACUGAAUUUAGCAAGAAGGGGGCAACACAAACUACACCAAUCCGCCUUCAAACGCUUUAUCACGCAGAUAAGCAAAAAACAGAUAUGUGCAUCCUUGAAUUGGCCAUAUGGCUUCACCGUCUAAUCAGUGUAGUAAGAAAGAGAGAUAAUGGAAUCAGAAUAUUUCCCGCUAAAUCUCUGAAUUGCCCGGGAGUCAAUUUGCAGCCUCCAAAAACCAGUAGCGUCCAAUUGUCCCCAGAGGAUAAAAAUUUGUUGGAACAGGUAAUGAGCAGGAGAAGGUUGGUUCCUGGCAUCAGCAAAAGCCAGGAAUUUCCAUUUGGGAAGGGUGGGAGCAAAGUUUGGGAUGUGAGCAGAAGCACUGGGAAUUCUCCAACCAAGCGGUUGGAUCGUCCGAAGUCUAGUAGUGUUUUGGAUGUAAUGGAUGGGUUAGGCACACCAUUUUGAGAUAUCCUUCGUCGUAUUUCAUCCCAAGAACUUUUGCCUCAUUAACUUAAUUUUUUUUAGGUCCUUUCGUCAUAUUCAUAUAACGUAUAUAUAUGAUAUAUAUGCAUAUUUAUGUAUGAUCAUAAGUUUGAUCGUAUUGAUAUUUAGUGUUGAAAUUUUUGUUGGAAAUGGGGGGAAAAGGGAGAAUGUGCCGGAAAGAAUGAAGUUCAAUAUUCAUUAGCAUCUUUUUGCUGGUUUUGUUCUU